UAAGGAGGGCUGGGGAUGUAGCGCAGUGGUGCCAGGCUUGCCGAGUAUGCGUGAGCUCUCGGAUUCAAUUCCCAGUGCUGAGGCGGUGGGGCGGGGCGGGGCGACACGUGACGCAGCAGCUACGUCACAACUACCCUUCCGGAAGCCACUUGUUACUUCCUCCUCCUCACACCUCUCCCCCAAUUACGGCUGCGUCUCUUAAUAUGUUCGCGUCCCUGGUCAGAUACCAAGGCUUUCUAAAGUGAACCUCUUCACUCUGCUCAGUCUGUGGAUGGAGCUCUUCCCAGAAGCCCAAAAGCAAAAAUCUCAGAAAAAUGAAGAAGGAAAGUGUGGACCAUCAGGAGAUAAUGAAGAGAUGGCCCGUGUUUCAACUGACAAAAAACAGGUGAAGAAAACUGGCCUUGUGGUGGUGAAAAACAUGAAAAUUGUUGGUCUCCAUUGUUCUAGUGAAGAUUUACAUGCUGGGCAAAUUGCUCUUAUUAAACAUGGGUCAAGGCUGAAAAACUGUGAUCUUUAUUUUUCCAGAAAACCAUGUUCUGCUUGUUUGAAAAUGAUUGUAAAUGCUGGAGUUAACCGAAUUUCAUAUUGGCCUGCUGAUCCAGAAAUAAGCUUGCUUACUGAAGGUUCUAGUUCUGAAGAUGCAAAAUUAGAUGCCAAAGCAGUGGAAAGAUUGAAGUCAAACAGCCGGGCCCAUGUGUGUGUCUUACUCCAGCCUUUGGUGUGUGAUAUGGUGCAGUUUGUAGACGAGACUUCUUACAAAUGUGACUUUAUUCAAAAAAUUACAAAAACAGUGCCAGAUGCUAACAUUGACUUUUAUUCUGAAUGUAAACAAGAAAGAAUAAAAGAAUAUGAAAUGGUAUUUUUGGUUUCAAAUGAAGAAAUACAUAAGCAAAUAUUGAUGACUAUAGGUCUGAAGAACCUGUGUGAAAAUCCAUACUUUAUCAACUUAAGGGAAAACAUGAAAGACCUUAUCCUCCUUUUGGCCACAGUAGCCUCCAGUGUGCCCAACUUUAAACACUUCGGAUUCUCCUGUAGCAAUCCAGAACAAAUUAAUGAAAUUCACAGUCAAAGUUUGCCACAAGAAAUUGCAAGGCACUGCAUGGUUCAGGCCAGGUUAUUGGCAUAUCGAACUGAGGAUCAUAAAACAGGAGUUGGAGCAGUCAUUUGGGCAGAAGGGAAAUCUAGAAGUUGUGACGGAACCGGUGCUAUGUACUUCAUAGGAUGUGGUUACAAUGCCUUUCCUGUCGGAUCUGAGUAUGCUGACUUCCCUCACAUGGACGACCAGCAGAAAGACAGAGAAAUAAGGAAGUUCAGAUACAUUGUACAUGCAGAACAGAAUGCCUUGACAUUUAGGUGUCAAGAAAUAAAGCCAGAAGAAAGAAGCAUGAUUUUUGUGACCAAGUGCCCAUGUGAUGAAUGUGUACCUUUAAUUAAAGGUGCAGGCAUAAAACAGAUCUAUGCAGGGGAUGUAGAUGUUGGCAAAAAGAAAGCAGACAUCUCUUACAUGAGGUUUGGUGAUCUUGAAGGUGUUGGCAAGUUUACAUGGCAGCUGAAUCCCUCUGAAGUUUAUGGCUUGGGAAAAAAUGAGCCUGAAAGGAGAGACAACGAUGUGUUGAGAGCCACGCCUGUGAGUGAGGAGCAGCACCGCAGCAAGAAGCUGCACCUGGAAAAGCACGCGGAGGGCCUGUCCAUGCUGCAGUGACAGCCCGGGAACUGUUACUGUGCUCCCGCAAUGCAGCCUCGUGAGCCCAGAGAAUAACGAAAGAUUCUGUGAAUCACUGAAAGGUUUUUUAGGAUAUGUUAUUGAGAAUAUUUUAACUUUAGAUUCAUUUAUGUAUUUUCUAGAGUAUGGCAGUGUAUUCCUUUAUUAUACUAAACGAGACAGCAGUAAUAAGGAGACCAAGCUACUUACCAGCAAGUGCAGAUUUCUGUUGAUCUUGAACUUACACAAAAGUUUUAAAAGGGCUUGCUUCACUGGAGGUCACACUUGAAGAUGGAAUUAUACAUCUUUUGAGAAGUAUUAAUUCCUUUGGAUUACAAGGGUGACAACUAGUACACUGCUCCAGGAAGCAAAUGACAAUCUGGUCAUCUUUUAAGAGUCCAUGUAUAGCUAACCAAAAGAUCACAUUUUUAUCCAGAUCUUCUUAAUAAUCAGAAUUUACUUAAUUAGGACUGACUCAUAAAGCUGGUGGACCUGGUCUCCAUUUUAGUAGUAUAUUUUUUCAAAUGUUAAUCUCUUGGGCUGGGGGUGUAAAUCAAUAGAAUGCUUGCCCAGUAUGUACAAAUCCUGGGUUCAAGUCCCAACACUGCAAAAAUAAAAUAAAAUAAAAUAAAAUGUCAAUUUCUCUUAAAUAUUUCAGUGUAUAGAUUCACAAAGAUUUGUUGGACGAGGACCCAAUUAUGUCACUGAUUUUUGUUAGCAGUAGGAAGAGAAUAUUACUCUGAAGCAGUAUUGCUAUUUGAAACCAGUGACACUUGAGAUCACUAACAAUGAUCUUCAAAGCUGGUCAUGAUGUCAACAGGGAAGAAAUAUUUCAGUGUGGAAAUAAACAGUUUUAGGAUUUCAUUAAUAAAUCUUCCUCUCAUUAAUUUUCCCUUCCCUAUUAUUAACAUGGCUUUGACCUUUAAAAAGGAAGGCCUUUUAAGGACCUUUGUAUACCUCAAGAAUAGUGAAAGUCUUCAGAGUAAACAGAUUCAAAUUGCUCUUUGUAAUUUCUCUCAUUUUGAUUUGCUGAGGUACUUGCAGAAAAUUAGUCCAAAGAUGAACGUGAAUUCUGUACUUUCCCAGGGUUACGGAGGGAGGCCCACAGACCUGGGGAGUGACGUGUCAUGAGAAACAGCUCCCCCGGCUCUGUAGAGGUAUUUUGUCUUUUCUUUUAUCCGCUUUCCACAGCAUCACAUGGCCUCAAGGGACCCGCUGCCAGUUUUUCAAAAUUACAUACAGGGCUAUCCAAAGGCUGACCAGAUGUCCUGGGUUGCGCAGCAGCCUGCUUCUGUCCACUGGGGUUUCAAAGUCAUCAUAUACCACACAGCUGAGAACUGCCAUAAACAUUUACACAGAUUUGGGCAUGGAUAGGGGAGGCAUGGGGGUGGGGUGAGUGCAGGAGAAGUACCUGUAGAGAUAAUUAAUGUCAAUUUGAAAAUCACUAGUUAAGCUCUAUGUUUUUUUUAUCAACAUAAACCUUCCAAGAUGGUUUAUUUCCCAAAUUGCUUUAUUGAUACAUGCUUAAGUUCUUGGAUUCAUUGUUUUUACUAAUAUUUCAUCUGUGUCAAAUAUCUUAUAAAUUAAUGAGCAAAUAUUUUGUAAGACUCAGAAUCCUGAUAUAUACCACCAGAUUUGUGGAUUUUGCAUUGGGUGUUGGGAUGGGAUAUAAUAAGGGAGAAGCAUACAAUUACUAUGGUUAGAAAAUGAAAGGUUGAUAUUUCAUAGUAUUAUUAAAAUCAUGUUAAUGACACUUUUCUUCUGUACAACUUGUUUAAUAAAUUUUACCAUGUAGCACCAGAAGAACAGCUCUCUGCAUGGAGAUUUUAUGUAUACAGUGCAGUCUAUACAAAGUACUCAUUUAACUGCCUACAGUGCUGCCUCGGUUCACAAACCCAGCCUUCACCUCAGUUCUGGUCGAAAACUGAACUGGAUGAGAGCGGAAUUAAAUUUUAUCAUAAGGUCAACAUUGAACCUAACCACUGAAUUUGAUUUGGUUCUUGUCCAACUCAGUUUACAACUGAAUCAUGCAAAGAAUCGAGUUCAUGAACUGCGUACCACUGUAAUCCCAGUGCCUGGCACAUAAUAAGCGCUCAGUAUACGUUAAUUGAUUCACACCCACUAAGCCCUGGGGAUGAGCUGUGUAAGAAAUGCCCCCAACCUCAAGACAUUCGGUCCAGUGGAGGAUACAAGUAUAGUAAUAAAGAGAAAUGACUACGAGCAUGGUGCCUGCCUCUGCAGCAUCAGCAUCAGUGGAGACUUGUUAGAUUUGUACAUUUUCCGGACCCACCCCAGACCCAUUGAAUCCAAACCUCUGGAUCCCUCCGGCAAGCUGCGUUUUCAUGCGCCCGCAGGGGAUUUUGGUGAUCUUCAAGUCUCAUGUAACUGUAGGAACAGUGGUGGCACAAGAGGACUUUGAACACUCUGGGGAUUCAUAGAAAAGUCCUUGUAGAAGCAGAAGUGCUGAAGUGGGUCCAGAAGAGGGUGUUAGAGUCUGCCAAGCAAAUAGCUGGAAUGCAGUGAACCGAAAAAGCUGAGGAAACAGAAGACCACCCUGCAGGUGGGCCAGGAAAGUUGCUGGGUAGCACACCGUCGCUGUGGAGCCCAGAGCCCAGCUGGGCUUGCAGAAGCUAUGUGUAGCGGUGUGGACUCAGGUCUGCACAUUUCUAGUCAAAAAGGCUUCAUCCCUUGGCUGGAGAAAUCAACAUGUGCAUUUCCACAAAAAACAAUUCCUCCCUUAAUUUCCAAGGUGAGGACAAUGAUGGCAAAUUCAUAAUUUGUAAAGAAUAGCUCUACAGGAGGGGGCUACACACUUGCCCGGUUUAUUCCAUGUCUGUCAUGCUGAGUCAACAUGGAUUUAUGUGUUUUUAUUGUUAAAAAAAAAAAACUGAAACUUUUUUGAUAAA